AUGCUCAACCGCAGCGCCAUAAUAAGCUUCUACGGCAGCGAAAAUAGGAGACGAGGAAUUCACCCCGUCAUGAGGGCCUCCUCCACUUUCCAUGUCUGUCUGCUGUGUAUGUUUCUCGUCUCCUUCCAAAUUCACAGUGUACAGGGUGAGUUGGGAAGAAUUAGGCAUUCGUUUGAUGCCUUUCCCCUCCAAUACCGCGAGUGGGUCAAGUCUGUAGGCCCCAGCGCUGCGCAGAAACGGGAGCCUCAGACAAGUGGAUGGGAUUUAGCCGACGACUUGGGAACUUUGGAAUCCGGUGAAGAUUUUAAUGACAUUAACGAUGCCGUUCUAUCCUCGGAAAAGACAUCGCUCACACGAGAAGAAAUACAGAGAUAUCUGGCCCAAAUGAAGGCAUACUACCUGAAAAAUGGGAUGCCACGGUAG